CAGGUGUGCGCAUAUGUUUAAGAGCACAUACGAUUUACGAUUGGCUCAAGACUUAUUGAGAAAACAUCUCAUAGUUUCUGUUAGUGGAACAUUUAAAGAUUUAGUCCCGCCUCAAAAACCCGCCCUGUCACUAAUUUUCCGCCUUUUAAAAUUAUUUUUUUUCUCCUCUUUAGCUUUUUUUUUUCUCAUUCAUAGUCAUCAUCAUCUCGUGCUCUCAUUUCUCGAACCACUCCAGCAUCCACUUAACGCCUCGAGCAAUUAGUUACGCUUGUCUAGUGAACCCUGUCAGUCUUACCCCUUUUACGUGUCGAGUUUUAAUUGUUUGAAAAAUAGUUUAGAAAUUUUUUUUAUUAGAAAAUUAUUUUCUAUAUUGUAAAAGUGAUAAUGCCGCGGAAAAGAAGAAUAUCUACGUCUUAUUUAGACGAAGAAGAUUAUUCAAUGGAUGAAAAGUACAGCAAAGACGACAUUGAAGUUCGGGCACCAAGAAAUGCCGCAAAUGCACGGGAAAGAGCGAGGAUGAGGGUUUUAAGCAAAGCUUUUUGUCGACUUAAAACUACUCUUCCUUGGGUCCCUGCCGAUACUAAGCUCAGUAAAUUGGACACACUUAGAUUGGCCGCUACUUAUAUUGCUCAUCUCAGGGCGGUUUUAAGGGAAGACACUGAUAGUCAAUUAGAUUCGUCAAAACCUUUGUCUCUUACUUUGUCAUGGCCGUUUGCCUAUCAAAACAAUACAUCAUCCUCAGCCCUGGUAAACACAAGUUGUCCCGUAUCAUCGACAUCCGAAUCAUCGCAUUAUAAUCAAUAUUGUCUUCGUCAACACCACGAAUCAAAUGAAGUACAGCGUUACCAAAAUUUAUCCAACCGAUAUAAUCACGAGUCACACCAAAUAUACUAUUAAUUACAAUUAUUAUUUUAUUUUCGG